AUGAAUCUCCCAACGGGACAAUACUAUCGGAGCUCCAGCCUCACGCGACCUUCAUCACCAUAUGAGUUCGGAUGGUCUAAUGACGACAGGAUUAAAAGAGCCAGACUGGACUCUGGCGAUGGCCCGCCUCGCAGCCUUCCACCGCUAUUUGCUCGAUCUGGACUUCCCGAACCCAAUAACUCAUCUUUCUCACCCUAUGAUCAAGCUUCUCCGGGAGCACCAACUUAUCAGUCUACGCCUGCUUCUCUUACUCCUGGUUCAUCUAGUGCGCAUGCGUCCCCUAGUUUGAGGAGGCUCUCUGUGAAUUAUCUGCUCUCAGGCCCAAGUGGAGAUCAGGCUAGCCCCAUGUCAACUUCGGAGCAAUUCAGUAGUCAUCGGAGACUCGAAGAUGGUUGCACGGUCUAUGGCUAUGAUUAUGGUUUACCUGAUCUGGAUAUACCCAAGAACGACGACAACGGAGCUAUCAACCCGCAAACACCUGCUGCAUCCCUGAGCUCGCCUGCCAGUCUUUUCGACGAGGCAUGGUCGCCCUCCCGACUUUUCGAGCUGGACGUUGAGAAGCCUGCUUUCGAACGAGGCGGCUACUAUGCUCGUCCCGUACCGAUACGGAUACCGCUGGAUCUUGAACCGCUGCCUGCACGACUCGCCGACAGUCCGAUGAAUCUGAUAUACUUCCAUCAUUUCUUGAACCAUACAGCGCGGAUAUUGGUACCGCAUGAUUGCCCUGACAAUCCUAUGAAAAGCACUCUACCGCGCAUCGCCGUGCGAAAUGCAAAUCUACUAAACCUGCUUUUGGCCUACUCUGCCUCCCAUCGAGCACGUCUGCUUGCUCACCCAGAACCAGCGAAUCGUAUCGCAACAUGGCUCCACGAUGUGUACCCAGACCUACGAAAAUCGCUCUCUUCAAACGAGCCCGUGUCCAACGCAACCUUGACCACUGCAAUCAUGUUGGCUUCACGCGAGUGCAUAAACCCAGACAGUCUUGAUGUAUCCAUACCAUGGCAGACCCACCUCGAAAUCGCACGACAAAUCAUCAUAUCCCGCGGUGGACUCAAAGACAGAGGCAAUGGCGGAGACCCCUUUGUCAAUUUCCUCGCAAGGUGGUUUGCUUACUUGGAUGUCAUUGGCUCGUUGUCCGGUCAUCGCAAUCAAGCACCUCUGGAUGACGAAUAUAUGAUUUUCGACUCUGACAAUCAUUCAGAUGCGUAUGGAUUCACCAUCGACUGCUUUUUCGGCUUUACAAAUUGCUGUAUUAGUCUUCUAGCCCGCGUAGCAAGAUUAGCCCGUCAAUGCGGUGCUCAACGAAUUGAUGACAAUGGCAAUAUAGAUGCAACCUGGCAACCCUCCGCCUUCAUCCUCGAAGAAGCAAAAGUCCUCAAAGCGGAAUUAUCCCAUAGUCGGCACCACAUCCAACGCGGCUGCCGCCACAGCAGCACUUCCGGAGAUGAAAAGAGCAGCGAACGCACCCGACUCGAACUUCACGAAAUGGUAUCCGUCAACGAAUCCUAUCAUCUCGCUGGCUUGAUACACUUGAACAGACGAGUAUUUGCCAAACCCUCUGCAGAUCCAGAGAUACAGGAGUGUGUUAAACUUGUGCUGCAGGCGUUGAAGGGGGUCAGGAGAGGUAGCACUGCAGAGAGCAGUUUAUUGUUCCCGAUGUUUACGGCUGGGUGUGAUGCGAUUGAGGCGGAGGAUAGGGAGAUGAUUGUUGAGAGGUUGAAGUUGGUGGAGGGACUGGGCAUGACUUAUGUACGCAAUGCACGACAUCUCAUGGAGAGAUCGUGGGAUACUGGCAAGUCGUGGGAGGUGCUUGUCACGGGCGAGUUCUUGGGAUGA